UAUGACAGUACCCGGGGGCUGGAGCGGCACUUCCCCGGAUGUGAGGGAAGGGGGCGCUCUGCUCCAGUGUUCACACUCGAUGGUGUCUAGUCCUUCCCCCACGUGGUACCGGCACAAUCAUCCGCGGGCUCUGAACAUCGUGUGUGCCUGAUUCUCUAACCUCCUCAUUUGACAUCAUGAAGUAUAUCCUAGUGACGGGCGGUGUGAUAUCUGGUAUUGGAAAGGGGAUCAUUGCAAGCAGCAUAGGGACGAUCCUGAAAUCCAGCUCCCUGCAUGUCACGUCCAUCAAGAUUGACCCAUACAUUAACAUUGAUGCUGGAACAUUCUCACCUUAUGAACACGGGGAGGUGUUUGUACUUGAUGAUGGAGGUGAAGUUGAUUUAGACCUUGGAAAUUAUGAGCGUUUCCUGGACAUCCGACUAACGAAAGACAACAAUUUAACAACUGGAAAGAUUUAUCAGUCGGUCAUUAACAAGGAAAGAAAAGGGGACUAUUUAGGGAAAACUGUGCAAGUGGUCCCUCACAUCACAGAUGCUAUCCAAGAGUGGGUGAUGCGACAGGCCUUGAUUCCUGUAGAUGAGGAUGGCGUGGAACCAGAAGUCUGUGUAAUAGAGCUUGGAGGAACUGUGGGUGACAUUGAAAGUAUGCCCUUUAUAGAAGCUUUCCGACAGUUCCAGUUCAAAGUUCGAAGAGAGAACUUUUGUAAUAUUCAUGUCAGUCUUGUACCCCAGCCAAGUGCCACUGGUGAACAGAAAACCAAGCCCACUCAAAACAGCGUGCGAGAGCUGCGAGGACUGGGCCUCUCACCAGAUCUAGUAGUUUGUAGGUGCACCACACCUUUGGACACCUCUGUAAAGGAGAAGAUCUCAAUGUUUUGUCAUGUUGAACCUGAGCAGGUGAUCUGCGUACAUGAUGUAUCUUCUAUAUACAAAGUUCCACUGUUGCUGGAGGAGCAGGGGGUGGUGGAAUAUUUUCGUAAACGAUUAGAUCUUCCCAUUGGGCUCCAGCCUCGCAAAUUGCUGAUGAAGUGGAAAGAGAUGGCCGAUAGGUAUGAUCGUCUGCUGGAGUCCUGCAGUAUUGCUUUGGUAGGAAAGUACAUCAAAUUUUCCGAUUCCUAUGCAUCUGUUAUCAAAGCUCUAGAGCAUUCUGCUUUAGCUAUAAACCACCGCUUGGAAAUCAAGUAUAUAGACUCUGCUGAUUUGGAGCCCAGCACUCUGCAGCAGGAGCCCGUGCGGUACCAUGAAGCCUGGCAGAAGCUCUGCAGCUCAGAUGGUAUUCUGGUUCCUGGAGGAUUUGGUGUACGAGGAACAGAGGGCAAAAUCCAGGCUAUAAACUGGGCACGCAAACAGAAAAAGCCAUUUUUAGGAGUGUGUCUGGGGAUGCAGUUGGCAGUUGUUGAAUUUGCCAGAGACAUACUCGGCUGGAAAGAUGCCAAUUCUACAGAGUUUAAUCCUCAAACCAGUCAUCCAGUAGUGAUUGAUAUGCCUGAACACAACCCAGGCCAGAUGGGAGGAACCAUGAGACUGGGAAAGAGGAGAACAAUCUUCAACUCACAGAAUUCCAUCUUGAGGAAGCUGUAUGGUGACCAGGAGUUUGUAGAAGAAAGACAUCGGCAUAGAUAUGAGGUCAAUCCAGAACUCAGACAUGAGCUAGAGGCUCGAGGUAUGACCUUUGUAGGUCAGGACACAGAAGGGGAACGGAUGGAGGUUGUAGAAUUAGAAAAUCACCCAUAUUUUGUUGGUGUUCAGUAUCACCCGGAAUUCACAUCUCGACCCAUCAAACCCUCCCCUCCAUAUUUUGGUUUACUUCUGGCUUCUGCAGGAAGAUUAUCUCAGUAUAUUGAAAGAGGAUGCCGGUUAUCCCCCAGAGAUACGUACAGUGACAGAAGUGGGAGCAGUUCUCCAGACACAGAAAUUGCAGAGCUCAAAUUACCGAUGAUAAAUCAUGACCGACGCUAGGUGACUGCUCAACAGCUUGUCCAUCCAGUGUCAAAGAAAGACCAUCAAAUGUAUUUCUUUUCUACAUCUAAUACAACGUUAUGGAUCACUUAGUUCACUUUGUUUUCCGUGACGCCAGCAACACAUGCCGAUUGUGUGCUUCUACUACAACUGCCACUGCUGUUACAAGUAUAAGGGUCCAUUCACACGUCCGCAAAAUGGAACGGAUCCAGACCCAUUCAUUUUCAAUGAGGCCGCAAAAGAUGCAGACAGCACACAGUGUGCUGUCUGCAUCCGCAUAAAAAUAGAACAUGUCCUAUUCUUGUCCGCAGACACGGACAAGAAAAGGCAUUUCUAUUUAAAGUGCCGGCCAUGUGCGGACCUCAAAAUACUUGUGGGUGUGUGAAUGGACCCUUACUCAUAGACCUCCCUCUAAUCAUGCACAAAACUUGUCAGUUCCUCGAGAGCACUCUUUGAAGCAAUAAUGAAUUGAAUUAUUUUACAUUUUAAUGACGGACUUGGGUGCUAUGACCACUGAGACGCUGAAUAGACUGGUCACUUGCUGGAAACAAACAUGGAAGCAACAAGUUUAGUGACCAGUAAUGAUAGCUGAGUUGGUGUCCUUCAAGGGGUUGUCCAAAUUUUUAUUGAUGUCCUAUCUUCAGGAUAGGUAAUCAAUAACAGAUUAGCCAGGGUUUGACACCCGGCACCCCCCGACGAUCAGCUGGUUGAAGGUGUGUGCUAUGCCAGGGAAGCCUUCUCUUAAUUGUUUACCUGCUUGCAGGUGUAAUUACAGGAAGCGAUCCCAUUCACUGGAAUAAGAAGGAUCCACCCCACAGAAGUGAAUGGGAUGGCUUCUUGUAAUUACACUUGCUCACCGCUGCUAUUGCGAUGGUGGGCAGGUAAAUAAUGAAGAGAAGGCUGCACUGGCACGGCAUGCGCCUCUCUUCACCAACUGAUCAGCGGGGGUGCCAGGUAUCGGGUCCCUGCUGAUCAGAUUGAUGACCUAUCCUGAGGAUAGGUCAUCAAUAAAAAAUAACUUUGACAACCCCUUUAAAGAAAACGGCAACCUCCAAGUGUUUGCAUAGACAUGUAGCUGUGGUUCACCUGAUUAAAACUGUUUGUAUUUUUGUUGAUCUGAGGCUCAGUUUCAGAGUACUUUUUCUUAAUGUGCAAAUUAGGUCUUUAGUGCAACGAGGAUGUCACCGGUGCUCUUGUUGCACCCAAGCUUCACUCAUUUCUGGCCACUACCUGACUAUUAAUUAAAACGGAGAGGGAGGGGUUGGACACAGAAAGGAGAGGAGCUUAAGUGCAACAAGGGCAAUGGUGACACCUUCAUUGCACCAAAAACCUAAUUCCAUAUUAAGAAAGUAUUAAGGCCUCAUGCACACGACCAUUCCGUUCUUUUGCGGUCCGCAAACCGCGGAUCCGCAAAAAAAGGAAGCCGUCCGUGUGCCUUCCGCAAUUUGCGGAACGGAACAGGCGGCCCAUUGU